AUGGACGUUCUUGAACCCCUCACCCUGAGCAUCCUGUUUUGGGAUGUGGUGAUCGCCUCGUGGUGGCUGUUCGCCCGCGACCACACGCAAGAGGAGGAAAUCGCCGCGGUGCUCGCCAUCCCAGGUGGAUGGCAGCUGACCGCUGUGGUCCACCUGGCAUGGAUCGGUGAAGAGGAUGAAACACAAGACGGUGAGGAUGGCGAGGAAGAAGAUGACCCGGACGCAGAAGACCCAGAGCACCAGGGGCACCAGAGCCCGGACACUAUGUCAGUGUUUGGGUCGUCCCUGGGGGACCCAGAGGAAGAGGCAGAGAUGGUCGAAGUGACCGUUGAAGUCGAAGAUGAUCCAAGCCUAGAAUCCGAACUGGCGGCAGAAGAGGACCUCUACCACCAGAUACAGUGGCGCCGUUUACCCUUCUCUAGCUCUGUGCGUCCAAUUGCUUGUCCAGCCCACAUGGCGAAUAUGAGCACGGCCUUUGUGGACAGCUUCAACCCAGAGAACGGUGAAAAAGAUGGGGCUAUUACCUUCGAUGAGGCAGUGGUCCAUGUGAAUGGCCUGAAACUCAAUGGACCACUGACCAAGCCACUGAAAUCGGACCGCACAGUAGGAGAUGUGAAUCUGGGUGACUUGCCUUUGAGGGACAUGUUCGACACAGGUGGCAAGGUGGAACAAUUCGCAGAUGUGAACCUCAAUGUCUCCUUGAGUGCGCGGGAAGAGGGCUACAAGUUCAUCCGUGACUUUGGGCCCCGCUCCAACAAUCGUAACCAGUUUAUGGAAUUGGCAGAUGAGCAAGUCCAUAUGCCUGGUGGAAAGCUCGAAGGCGUUUCCUCCGCCGCCACCGGUGAUCCCCUGCUGACCUUUGACGACGACAGCGAGAGGCCGCAGACGGUGAGGGCCGUGAAGGCUCAGCUAACACAACGUCUGGGUUUCAACCGUUUCAGGUUGAAACUGUUGUGCGGACCAAGGGAGUUGUCUGAAGAAGAACUUCUGACAUCGCCCUUGGAACUGCAGUUGGUGAUCUUGAACCUGUGGCCCCCAGAGCCAUGGUACGACCAGAGGUUUCUGCUGGUGUGCCAAAAGAAUCGCUUGGACGAAGUGGAGCAGCUGCUUCACCGGCCGCAAGACCCAGAGACUCGCGACGUGGAGGGCAAAUCGGCACUGCACUUUGCGGCGGAAGAGGGACACCUGCAGUGUGUGGAGCUGCUCCUGGAAGCCGGAGCCCGGCUGGACCUUCAGCAAGACCUCAGCGGCACGGCGCCGUUGCACCUGGCGGCGGAGCAGGGGCACCUGGCCGUGGUUCGGCGGCUGCUGCAGCGGGGCGCCGACAAAGACCUGGCGAGUCCCCACGGGAUGACGCCGCUGCGCCUGGCGGCGUUGAAUGGACAUGUGGAGGUGGUGAAACUGCUCUUGGAUGUGGUGCGUCUACUGCUCCGCGCGGGGGUGGAUCGAGAUAAGACCUCAACUGCUGGAGCCACUGCGCUGCACCUGGCGGCCCUGAACGGGCACCCGGACGUGCUGAAAGUGCUGCUGGAGCACGGCGCGCCCUGCGACGUGGCCACGGCCACGGGGAAGACGCCGCUGCACGGGGCGGCGCUGUACGGCCACGGCAGUGUGGCACGGAUGCUGCUGGAGUUUAAGGCAGACAAGGAGAGCAGGGACUUUGCGGGUGCCACAGCGUUGCAGCUGGCCGUGAAGAAUGGACACAGAGAAAUUCAGAGCAUCUUGCGGCGCCCGGCCAACCACCUGUUGGCCAACAAGGGCUACACUGCCAAGGCGCCUGUGCGCAAGUACACCUCCAGUUGGGCGGUGGCCAAGGGGGAUUUCGUCCGCGGGAGUUGCCGCUUGGUCUUGGAUGCCAGCCUUGCCAGAGGCAAUCCAGCGGCGGUGGCGACACUGGGGGGCAAGGACCUUUGGGAGAGAGUCUGGAGGGUUGACAUGCCCUGCGAGACAUCGGAAGAGCUACCGACUUGUCCAAUCUGCUUGGGCGAGCCGGAAGUCAUCCGCACCCCGCAGUGCGGCCACGUCAUCUGCCUGGCCUGUGCCCUGCGGCUACGGCAGCAGGCGGCGCAGACGAAGACCGCAGCCAAGUGUCCGGUGUGUAGCAAGGGGGUGCGCCUCGAAGAUUUGCGCCCCGUCCGCUUGGAGCCGCAGCAUUUGCCCAAGCCGGAGGAGUGCCACGAGGGCCUACGCUUCACCUUGGUGCGACGCACGGGGAUGCACUACCUGAGCUUGGCCAGUGAGAUGCUUCCCUCAAACUACCGGCCACACCUACCACUGGAAGGGGAGCCAGGCGCACUCUUCGCACGCCGCAUCUUUGGAGACGUGGAGUUGUACCUGUCGGCGCUGCAUGAAGAUCUGCACACCUUGGAAGCCAUCGCAGCGCAAGGAAGCGAGGAGGCCGCCCUGGUCGAGCCGGCGCUGAAGAUGCUCCGCGCGCGCCUGGCGGAGGAUUUCAAGGGCGCGGAGGGGCUCAAGGAGAGCGACGAUGGAGGUGCUGAGCAGCUGGUCUUUUACCAGAGCAGCGAUGGGCAACUCAUUUUCCUCGAGCCGCAUCUCAUGAAACGGCUGCUGGCCAGCUACAGCACCUGGGGCCGGCUGCCGCCGUCGGUGCUGCUGAAGCCCUUGAAGUCCAUGCGGCAGGAAGCACUGACGGAUGAGAUGAAGAAGAGGCAUCGCUUUUUGCUCCACUUGCCCUCGGAUGCGGCGGGGAACUUGAUCUCCUUUGCCGAUGGCGAGGUGGUGGCAGGGGACGAGCUGAAGAGUGGCAAGGGGGGCAGGAAAGGCGAGAAGAGUCGCCGUUCGAAGCGCAGAGAUGUGGAUCGUGACCAUGCUUGGCAGCCCCGAGACCGUUUAGAGAGUCACGAGAGCAAGGCCAGCACGUCUUUCAGUGGUGCGGAGGUUGGUACGGUUGGCAGUAGUGGCCUAGGUGGCCCCAGCCCGUUCGCGUCUCCGGUGCUGGCACCAAAAUCAAGCCCUGAAGGCACCCAGGCGCCAGCUGAGGAGGUGAACAAAAAGGAAGCCCAAGAUGCCUGGUCUGGAGAUGAGACUUGUGACCAGAAUCUGCAGGGCUCGGCAGAUGCCUGA